AUGUCAUCAAAAAGAAAACGCGUUGUGUUAUCAUUAAAAGACAAAUUGGAUAUAAUCAAUGCUUUGAAACGCGGUGAAUCUGGACGUUCUUUAUCUGAUAAAUAUGGUGUUGGAACGUCAACGAUCUCAGAUAUAAAAAAACAAAGUGAAAAAAUUAUGAAGUUUACUAAUUGUUUAAUGUCAGAAGAUGGAACAUCAGACCGUAAAGUUAUGAAAAAAUCAAGAAAUGAAGAAGUUGAAGAGUGUUUGUUUAUGUGGUUCAUACAAAGACGAUCAUGUGGACAGCCAAUAUCUGGUCCAUUAUUGUGUGAAAAAGCAAUAUUUUUCAAUACAAGAUUAAAUGGAGAUCCCACCUUCAAAGCAAGUUCGGGCUGGCUAGAAAAAUUCAAAAGACGACAUGGUAUCAGGGAACUUGAAGUUCACGGGGAAAAGCUGUCUGCUGAUAUACCUUCAGCAAACACUUUCAUUGACACAUUGAAGGAGUUCGUGGAGAAGGAAGGAUUCGACGAAGAAUUUAUUUACAAUGCUGACGAGACCGGUUUAAAUUGGAAGCAACUACCCAACAAAUCUUUAGCAUCAAGGCGUGAAAAUACUGCAUCAGGAUACAAAACUAGUAAAGAACGUGUCACCAUUAUGGUAUGUGCCAAUGCAACAGGCAGACACAGACUUCCACUGCUUGUCAUUGGGAAAUCAAAGAACCCCAGAUGCUUUAAAAAUAUCAGAAGUCUUCCAGUUGAAUAUGACCAUCAGAAAAAAGCCUGGAUAAAUGGAGAAAUUUUUAAACGAUGGUACGAAAAGCAAUUCAUUCCAGAAGUGAAAAAAUAUCAAAACUCCAUAGAUAAAAGAGGAAUAACAUUAUUAUUACUAGACAGUGCACCGUCCCACCCAUCAGACAAUGCACCGUCCCACCCAUCUAUAGAAUGUUUAAAAGAGAUCGAUGAAAUGUUUACAGUAAAAUUUCGUCAACCAAAUGUCACAUCAGUAAUACAACCGAUGGAUCAGGGUGUGAUAGAAACAGUAAAACGCUUAUAUAGAAAACAGAUGCUUCGACGAUUAUUGCUAGCAGACGAAAAUAACGAAGAAACUUUUAUUAGCUUCCAUAAGAAAAUAAAUUUAAAAGACUGUUGCUACAUGGCAGCAGAGAGUUGGAAUUCUGUAGAUGUAUCAACUUUGAGAAAAUCAUGGAACAAAAUUUUGAAAAGACCAUUAGAACAUUUCAGUAACAUAGUAGAAAACACAGUAGAAAGUGGUAUAGGAGACAUUGCGGAAGUAAUAACACAAAUUUCAAUAUGUGCUGAAUGUGACGAAGAAGAUGUAUCCGAGUGGUUAAAUUGCGAUGUGAACGAUCCUGGAUUGCAAAUUUUGAGUGAAGAGGAAAUAAUUCAAGAAAUAUCUGCCUCAGAUGAACAAGAUCGAGAAGACGAAGAAGAGAUUUGCGAAGUAAGAGAUAUUGGUCCUACACAUUCUGAAGCUUUUCAGUGUUUAGAUGUCGCCAUGAAGUGGUUUGAGAGCCAAGAAGAGUGUAACUCAGGACAACUUAUAUGUCUUAAAAGUAUUCGCGAUUUAGCAGCUUCAAAAAGAAUUGCUAGCUUUAAACAAAAAUCAAUAAUUGAAUUUCUUAAUAAAAAAUAAUUUAAUAAUAUUGAAGCUACAGUAUAUGUAAAUCUAGACAAAUAAAGAUUAUUCAUAUUGUAUGUACAUGUCUUUCACUGCCAAUUGUUGUUUUUUUCCAUUAUCCGGAUUUUCCCUUAUCCGGACUACCUUCAUCCCCAAUUAGUCCGGAUAAUCGAGGUUCUACU